AUGGAUUCGGAUCGAUUCACUAUUUGCCCCUUCUGCGAUUCAUGUCUACUCUUAUCUCAACUCGCUCGGUAUGUCUCUGUUCUGUCUGCAAUACACAUUCACGUUCCUUCAUUUCCAUUUGAAUAUGAUUCUGCAAACGCAGGCACGCCAAUUUGCACUUUUGGGAACUCCAGGAUGAGAGAGCAAAGAGCCAAUGAUUCACUUAGUGGAGAAAACUAUACACGCGGUGGUGAGACUAGUAAUGGUAAUGGGGAGUGCAAGGUGAGUGACGAAAUUUCUUGCUUGAUUGGUUCUCAGACAAGGAGUGAAUUUUACAAAGUUGAAGUGGGUCUGAUGACAUUGUUGAAAAAUUGUUUAGAGUCUGAAGUUGGAAAUUCAAAUAGCAUUUUGUCAAGUUAUGUUGAUCAUUUCCAGUGCCUUGAAUCCAAGGAUGCUGGAUGGGGUUGUGGCUGGCGUAACAUUCAAAUGCUUAGUUCUCACUUGCUAGUGCAAAGACCUGAAGCAAGGGAAGCUUUGUUUGGCGGUUCAGGAUUUGUUCCUGAUAUCUUGGCGCUCCAGAGGUGGCUUGAGAUUGCUUGGGAAAAGGGUUUUGAUGAGCCUGGAUCAGCUCAAUUUAAUCAUGUUAUAUUUGGUUCAACAAAAUGGAUAGGAACUACUGAGUGUGCUGCUCUAUUGCGUUCCUUUGCUCUUCGGGCAAGAGUAGUGGAUUUUGGUCCCAAGGAAUCCCAGUCCAUUUCAGGUUCAAGCCUUGAUAAUGCCAGGAGUAAAGCAAGUAUUCAUAAUUUGGUAAAAAAGAAAGAUAAAGAGGGCAAGGGUUAUCAAGUUCUCAUGGAUUUUGUGUGGAAUUACUUUUCUGAUAGAAACUCAAUCCAAUUUGGCCAGCAGCAUGUUGUGAUCAGUGACAAAACGCCUUUAUACUUUCAACAUGAUGGUCACUCAAGAACAAUAGUUGGAAUUCAAGUCAAACAUCAACAAAAAAGAGAUCUGCGAUAUAAUCUCCUAGUUUUGGACCCUGCUCAUAGUACAUCUGCUCUUGGAAAAUCCCUUAGGCAGAAAUUUGGGUGGGAGGAACUCAUAAAAAGGGGAAUGCAUACACUGAAGAAGCCACAGUACCAGGCACUUUUCAUAGUUACAGAUUAUGGAUCUGCAUGA